CGGACUUGAUCGGCCGUUUGCAUUUGAAUUUUAAACGCGAUUUACUAAUUCUUUAUUUAAAGAAGUUGCUCAAAUCGAAAUUUAAAUUCGUCGCGUAUUAUUCUAACAAACGUUGGUAAACAGUUGACAAAAGAGGUUUUUAGACAGUUUUUUGUGAAGAGGCAGUGAGUGCACGUCUUUACAAUUGCUGAAUGGACACAAUGGGACUUCACCACAAGUAAUCUUCGUCACGGGAAAAUGUGCGCGUUCGCGAGUUUUACAUCGCGAUGCAGCGUUGCCCCUACAUCCACGAGAUGAAGGAGCGGUUGCUUGGAGCCCCUGUUGACGCGGAGAACAAGGAAGUGACCCGAGCGCCGCUGGAACGGCCGCUCGACCCUCAAGAAAACCAGGUCGGCACCAUCGUCAAACUGAAUUCCGACGGGUACGGGUCUCACACGUCGCCGGCGCGGGCGCCGCUCGUCACAGACGAGUGCGAAGCGCCGCCGGACGAGACCGAAGCCCUAACACCCUCAGAUAUAGUGCUUCGGUACAGAGCCUGCUGCCAACCUGAUACUACGCCCAAAAAUGCAAAAACUUCGCUGUUUAUCAUCUCGAGUUUUAUCUACGCCAAGCUUCUGGUUGUUGUGUGUAUCGCUUACGUCAUCAGUGAUGUCAUCACACACAACCUCCCUCUGUAUUACUACGAGGGGUUCUUCACCUAUCUGUAUGGCAUGAGCAUUUUGUUUUUGUUGUACGUUUUCUGCUUCUUACUCCAAGAGAGCGCAUGCUGCAGUGGAAGCCCUCCUAAACCGAAGCCCCCGCCAAAAGAGAAGAAACCUAAGAAGGAAAAAGAAAAGAAAACCAAAGACAAAGAAGCGAAAGAAGGCAAGGAAGGAAAAGAUGGAAAAGAAGGCAAGGAUAAAAAGGAUGGAAAGAAAGAUAACAAGUCUAAAGACAAAGGCAAAGAUAAGGAGGAAAAAGAUAAGGCGUCCAAAGACGCUAAGAAACAAAGCCAAUUCCAGCAACAACAGCAGCAACAACAAGAUAUUGUGGAGCUGGAAGCAGGGCCUGUUGCCAGACCAGUACGCAGACGCAAGACUUCUCAAAACGAUCACAGUCACGGCAGCUUCUUCCUUAGGAUUGGAGCAAUUGCAUUCGGUCUCGGCACUAUGAUCUACAACGGGCUGGAGUUUGGCACUUUCUUCGAAUUGCCUCUAGAGUCACCCUGCUACUUGAUCCUAAAAGGCGUCAAUCCCGUCUUGCAAAUGGUGUUUACGUUCAUGCAAAUGUAUUUCAUUUUCAUGAAUUCUAGGCUCAACAUACAUCGAUUCAAGGUAAUCGCUCGAUUCGGUCUGAUGCACGUAGUUGCCACAAACAUUUGCGUAUGGAUUCGAACAUUGGUGCUUGAAUCUUUGAAGGAAAUCACCGAUUACCACGUUAAAAAUCCUCACGGUUACUCAGGAGAAGGCGUGUUGGGAAAAGUCAUCCGUAAGCACACUCUGAGGCAUUCCGGUAAAGUGUUUGGUGCAGCUACCACAGCCGCAACCUCUAUCGCAUCUACUGUUUUAACCACCGCUAAGACCACUGGAGAGCAACUCCUGAACGUUGUCACCUCCACAGCUGCUCCUACCACCACACCUACCACAAUGACCAACACGUCAGAAAUCUUCGAGUCAUUCGACGGUCUCAAUCCAGCUGCGCUGAUCGCCAAUAUCGAUAAUACAACCGUGUGCGGCCGAAACCCAAUUAUGGGCACUAUCGUAACCGACUCGGCACCUUAUCUGUAUCCAUUCAUCAUUGAAUACUCCCUCAUCGGUGCCGCCGUCAUUUACGUUAUGUGGAAGCAUAUUGGCCGUUAUCCCAGCGUGGCCAACGAUGAAGAUCUGGAAAGACGUCUGGAGGCUGUUCUCUCCCGCAGGGCGGCAGCGCUUGCAGCGGCUCAGCGUGGAAACCGUGUCGAUUGUGCCGGAGCCUCUAAGGGUCUCUUCUGUGGACUACUACUGCUCGUCGCCUCCCUCAUCUGCUUGAUACUCUUCUUUGUCCUGAUAAGACACCAGGAGUUGAAGCGCCUCUCGAUCUAUUUGGCCGAUGUGUCUCACUGUGCACUGAUGGUUCUCUCUAUACUGGCGAUUCUAAUUGGAUUUAUACGUGGUCGUGUAAUGAAAUGGAGCAAUACUCCUCCCUCCUAUACCGAGCCUCUCCGCAGGGUGCAAUCUUUGAAGUUCCGCUCAGAAGAACAGUCCGACUUGAACGACAUUCUGCUCCGUGUUUCUGCGUUUGGUCUCUUCGUGUACGCCGUGUUCAGCGUCAUCGCUGGUGGAAUGGGAGCCUUCACUCAUGAACCAAACCUUCUCGUCAUGAUCACUGGCUGUUUGAGCGUGCUCCAGGUGGUGUUGCAACUGCUGUUUAUCGCUGAUGUUUCUCGUCGCCGUGUUCACCUGCCUGAACAAGAACGUAGCAAGCCCGCCCGUCAGGCUGUCACUUUCCUCCUUAUCUGCAACGUCACCAUGUGGCUCAUUUACACCUUUGAAGCCCAAAAAGUCCUCGCUAACCCGGUACAACUUGAUUUCUACGGCUUCGUGGCUUGGUCUCUCGUCCAGCGCUUCACUCUGCCACUUUGCAUUUUCCACCGCUUCCACUCAGCUGUCACCCUUGCCGAAAUUUGGAAGACCAGCUACAAAGCGCGCCUGGAGUGAGCGAUUGGAAAUAAUUAAAUUGGAGACCUAAGUCCAAUCAGCAACAUCCUAAUGCAACUUGGGAUGAAAAUUACGGAUUCGUCCUUAUCCGGGACAGCAAUUUUUUGUAGGUAGAACGGAUAAAAUUAUUGCUAGUUUUCAAAAUCAUCUUGCUAUUUCAAGUGUUAGUAUAGGUGUGACGAAUUUAGGAUGGUAAACAUUGCAUUUUACAAUGUAGAAGAGAAUAAGUAAUUGCUCUCCCGGAAAGUAUUAUAGUUGACACGAUAUAAUCACCUGGACCUUCCUACCCUAUGGAUCAUCGAUAUGUUGGUUAUUAUUUGCGGUUCUUUCAUACUAUUUUUAUCUUUCACAUUCCAUUCUAUUUUUACAGUUUCAAUAAAAAUUAGGUUUCUUGAAAGACUGACUGUGGAGACUUUAAAGCGACCAAGCAUACAUAUUUUCAGCUCAUUUUCUUUAAAAGAUACGUAAACCGAUUUGCUCAGAUUUCGAAAUUCUAUACUUACUUGCUAUCUUUAUUUCAAGUUGUAAUGAGAGCGUUUAAAUCGAAAACACGAUAAUAAAAUUGAAAAAUCCCAGUUGUGAAAAGUUCCCUCCUUUGUUAGAAAUAAUUUGUGUGCCAUGGUUUUAGGGUUAAGGCUUCAUUAAAAAUUGGACAAUAUUUUACAUUUCUGGAACUGUUUGAAUCUCAAACAAACUCUGUCUUUUCUGCGUCAAGAAUUCUUUGUUGUUGUUUCAUUGUUUAAAAUUAAUAACUAACUUCAAUCAUGUUGUCGAUGAAUUUAACAUUUCAGCACAAAAUGGGAGCCAUUUUGUGUGUCUAUUUAAAUCCGUAUCUAAAUUAUAUAAGAUAUAAAAUUAAUUAAUAUAAAUUAAUUAUUAUAUUAACGUUUCAGAAGAUUUAUUAGCCAACAUAAAUUUGAGGUAAACAAGUAGGAUUACUAUAAAAGUUUAAUAUUAUGUGGUAUCGUAAGAGGGUAGUUGACGUGUCGAAAAUUAUAUAUCUGAUUAAACGUACUUAACUUAGAGAUGGAGUAGAGACCUGCCGCUUGAGCUGCAGAGCGCCGCUUUUACGGAUCAUUUGGGUAUUUGAGUUUAGGAGACAUUUUUAUUGCAAAGGGGCCAUAAAAAUGUAAAUUUUUUAUCAAUUUGUAUCAAGCACAUUUAUAGCGCUGACGUUAGCAAGUUCAGGAAUGUGGUAACACUAGAUCUAGUAAUAAGUUACACGCACUAGCAACAUUAUUAGAUGUUGUUAGAAUAAAAAAAACUUUUAUGUAUUAGUCAUUUAUAAAAUCGAUUACAAUUUGCGAAGUUUUAACAUGGGGCUAAGUUCACAACAUCAA